GGACAGACCCGGCACCGAGAGAAGGGCGCACGGUCAGGCCAUGCCCGGGGAGGCUGCCCGCGCCGAGCUGCUGCUGCCGGAGGUGGACGGGCCCGGGCCGCGCACAGAGUCGUCCUGUGAUGUGGCUGCGGCCGCCACUCCUAGAGGGGACCGGCUGGAGCACUGUGCCCUGAUCCCCGGACCUGGCGGCCUGGCCCUCGAGUUUCUGCCCAGCAAGCCGGGCGCCCGGCCCCCACCGGAGGGAGCCAGCUGGGAUGCAGGGCUGCGCAGCACCCCCUUGGCCUGGGCAGUCCCCGCAGAAGGUGGCCCCAGCCCUGGGCCCCCUGAGGCCCGGCCCACCGGAGGUCCCCCUCCAGCCACCCUGGAGCCCCGAAUCGUAAUGGGCGAGGAGACCCGCUGGGCGCUCCCGCCGCCCAGGGCAGCCCUGCCAGAGCUCAGGGACUGGGAAGGUGGGCACCCCAGCCUGAACCCACCCCCCGAGUUGUGUUCUCAGGGUGACCCUCCUGUGCCUUGCCCUCCCCCAGACCCCGACUCCUACUUCACACCUCCCUCCACCCCCACCGAGACCGCCUGUGCCCCGCUCCUCAGCCUGGGGCCCCGCAGGGACGCCCGGGACACCCAGGCCGAGCUGGGGGACUCGCCGCCGCCCUCGCCCUCGGGCUCUUACAUCACGGCGGAUGGGGACAGUUGGGCCUCGUCCCCGUCCUGUUCCCUGAGCCUGCUGGCCCCGGCCGAAGGGCUGGAUGUCCCUUCGGGCUGGGGCUUUUCCCCACCGGGCUCUGUGGCAGAUGAGCAGGAGCUGCCCCCCACCGGGCCCCCCGGGCCCCCGUCCCCGGAGUCCAGCAUCUCGGCGGACAGCAGCUCUUCCUGGGGCCGGGAUGGCCACUUCUUUGAGCUAGACUUCCUGGCCAAUGACCCCAUGAUCCCCGCCUCCCUCCUGCCCUUCCGGGGCAGCCUCCUGUUUCAGGUGGAGGCUGUGGAGGUGACGCCGAGGGACCCUGAGGAGGAGGAGGAGGAGGAGGUGGAGGAGGAAGAGGAGGAUGAUGCCCAGGACUCUGCAGGGGACCCAGCCGGGGAGGGAGAGGAUGACAGUACGUUCGCCUCCUCCCUGCAGUCGCUGUCUGACCUCUCCAUCACUGAGGGCAUGGACGAGGCCUUUGCCUUCCGGGACGACACCUCAGCAGCCUCAUCCGACCCCGACUCCGCCUCCUACACGGGGGCAGAUGAUGAGAGGCUGUACAGCGGGGAGCCCCAUGCGCAGCCUGCCACGCUGCUGCAUGAUAGCCCUGGGGGGUCCGCUCCUGGGGUCUCCGAGGGAGAGGCCGGCCAGGAACUGGGUGCCUGGGAGAGAAGGGUGGCCCCUGUUUCAGGCGGGCAGCCUGCUGCCGCCGCUGCUUCGGCCCCUCCCGCCCUGCAGGAAGCCCCAGGCCUCACCGGGAUGACCUCUCAGGCCUGGGGGGAGGAGCUGGGCUCCAUGCUGGGUCCAGUGCCUGUCGCGGUCAUGCCUCGGCCCCUGCCGUUAGAGGACAGCACCACCGUAGGCCUGGCCCCUUGCACUAUCCUGGAAGAGGGGGGCCUCAUGCCAAGCCCAGACUCUCCACAGACCCUGAAGCAGGAAGCAGGCCAGGACCCUGAUUCUGUGGCCUCAUCCCGGCCCCUGCAGGACACAGGCUUCCCCUCAGGCUGGGGGUCUGCCAAUGCGGCCAGCCCCAUGUCCCAGCCGGGAGAAAUCGAUGGCACCUUACCCGAGGACCCUGACUCUGUGGCCCCACCCCAGCCCCCGCAGAACACAGGCCUCCCCUCGAGCCAGGGGUGUGCCCCUACAGCCAGCCUUCAGACCCUGCUUGCAGAUGCAGGCUGCACCCUGGGGAUAAAGCCUGUGGCCACCACAACCCAGCAGGAAGGACAAGUGACCUUGGAACCGAGGCCAGCACCUGAGAAGAGGGACACUAACUGCACUGGAGGCCUGGAGCCUCCGGCCUGGAACCAAGCCCAGCCAGACGGCAGCCCAGUGGAGCCGGCUGUAGACACUGGGACACUCUGGGCCUCAGGCGGAACUGCAGGUACCUCCAAGUCUGAAACGGAGGCCGCAGACCCCCCACAGCCUGCUAUGAAGGUCCCAGAAUGCCCUGAAUCUGUCAUACAAGCCACAGACCUUCCACAGCCUGCCAUGGAGGCCCCAGAAUGCCCCAAGGUUGCCAUGGAGGACCUGGAGCACCCCAAGACUACCACAGAGGCCACAGAAUACCCUGAGCCUGCCAUGGAGACCCCAGAACACCGUGAGCCUGUCUCGGAGACACCAGAACACCCUGGGCUUGUCACUGAGAACUUGGAACAUCCUGAGCCUGCCACGGAGGCCCCAGAACACCCUGAGCCUGUCACAGAGGUUCCAGAACAUUCCGAGCCUGCCACAGAAGCCCCAGAACACCCUGAGCCUGUCACAGAGGUUCUGAAACAUUCUGAGCUUGCCACGGAGGCCCCAGAACACCCUGAGCCUGUCACGGAGGUUCUGGAACAUUCUGAGCCUGCCACAGAAGCCCCAGAACACCCUGAGCCUGUCACAGAGGUUCCCGAACAUUCUGAGCCUGCCAUGGGGGCCCCAGAACACUCUGAGCCUGUCCCAGAGGUUCUGGAACAUCCUGAGCCUGCCAUGGGGGCCCCAGAACACUCUGAGCCUGUCACAGAGGUUCUAGAACAUUCUGAGCCUGCCACUGAGACCCCAGCACAUCCUGAGCCUGCCAUGAGGGACCCAGAACACUCAGAACCUGUCACAACAGUUCUGGAACAUUCUGUCACAGAGGUUCGGGAACAUUCUGAGCCUGCCACAGAGACCCCAGAACAUCCUGAGCCUGUCAUGGAGGCUCCAGAAUACCACCCCCCAGAGCUGGCCGUGGAGACCACAGAAUGCCCUGAGGCUGCCACUGAGACUCUGGAACAUCGUGAGCCUCCCACUGAGACCAUGGAACAUCCUGAGCCUGCCACCGAGGCUCUAGAACUUCCUAAGCCUGCUACGGAGACUCCAGAACACUCUGAGCCUGCCACAGAAGCCCCAGAACAUGUUGGGCCUGCCACGGAGGCUCUAGAACUUCCUAAGCCUGCUAUGGAGGCUCCAGAACACUCAGAGCCUGCCACAGAGGCCCCAGAACAUGCUGGGCCUGCCACGGAGGCUCUAGAAUUUCCUAAGCCUGCUACAGAGGCUCCAGAACACUCAGAGCCUGCCACAGAGGCCCCAGAACAUGCUGGGCCUGCCACGGAGGCUCUAGAACUUCCUAAGCCUGCUACAGAGGCUCCAGAACACUCAGAGCCUGCCACAGAGGCCCCAGAACAUGCUGGGCCUGCCACGGAGGCUCUAGAACUUCCUAAGCCUGCUACAGAGACUCCGGAACACUCGGAGGCUCCAGAACACUCAGAGCCUGCCACAGAGGCCCCAGAACAUGCUGGGCCUGCCACGGAGGCUCUAGAACUUCCUAAGCCUGCUACAGAGACUCCGGAACACUCGGAGGCUCCAGAACACUCAGAGCCUGCCACAGAGGCCCCAGAACAUGCUGGGCCUGCCACGGAGGCUCUAGAACUUCCUAAGCCUGCUACAGAGACUCCGGAACACUCGGAGGCUCCAGAACACUCAGAGCCUGCCACAGAGGCCCCAGAACAUGCUGGGCCUGCCACGGAGGCUCUAGAACUUCCUAAGCCUGCUACAGAGACUCCGGAACACUCGGAGGCUCCAGAACACUCAGAGCCUGCCACAGAGGCCCCAGAACAUGCUGGGCCUGCCACGGAGGCUCUAGAACUUCCUAAGCCUGCUACAGAGACUCCGGAACACUCGGAGGCUCCAGAACACUCAGAGCCUGCCACAGAGGCCCCAGAACAUGCUGGGCCUGCCACAGAGGCUCCAGAACUUCCUAAGCCUGCCACGGAGGCCCUUGAGCCUGCCAUGGAGACCCCAGAACAUGCUGGGUCUGCCACGGAGGCCCUGGAAUACCUAGAGCCUGCCACAGAGACUCCAGAACAUCCUAAGGCUGCCACGGAGACCCUGGAACAUCCCGAGCCUACCACAGAGGUUCUGGAACAUUCUGAGCCUGGCAUGGAGGCCCUGGAAUGUCCUGAGCCUACCACAGAGGCCCCAGAAUACCCAGAGCCUGCUAUGGGUGCCCUAGCACCCCAAGAACCUGCCAGAGAGGCCCUAGAAUGCCCUGAGCCUGCCGCGGAGGCCACGGCCCCACCCACGCCUGCCUCUGCUGGAGAGGAAGCAGCACCCAAGCAGGGAGCCCAUCCCAGGCCUCGUGUGCACGCUGCCGAUGCAGGUGGGCCCUGUUUGGCCCCAAAGGAGGCCCCGAGGAGUGAGAAUCGGCAGGCUGGAGGCCUUGAGCCAGCACCCCAGGGGGCUAGGAGGGCACAUCCUGUUGCUCGCCCCGAGGUGGGCCAAGUGUCACCCCAGAGCCCAGCGGAGGCAAGCGCAAACCCAGGGCUUGGGUUUCCCAUUGCUGUGGCCUCGGAGGCGGGGCCCAGCUCCUGCUCAGAGUCCCCACUGAGGUCUGUGCCCAGACUGGGCAGGGGCUGCCCCAAAGAGCCUGCCCCCCACUCACCAGCACCCUCUCUGCAUCAGGAGCCUGUGCUGAGCCCAGGCAGUGGGGCGUGGGCACAGGCGGCACCAAGAGCCCCCAGCUCGUCCCCAGCACAGUCCCCGAAGAGCCCUGCCAAAGGCCUGCCCAGCGUGCCCCUGGACAGGCUCCCAGGCCCUGAGCCCUCUGCUCCCCGUGUCCCCACAGAGGCACCCCCUACCCCCUGCCCUUGCCAGGGCUCCGGGGAAGACUUGGUGGAGAGCAAGGAGUCCCUGGGCUCUCCAGGUCUCCAGCCACCACAAGCAGGAGCCCAGCGGGCAGCAGCUGCCUUCUCAGGAACCGCAAAGCCUCCGGGGGCUGCGCAUUGUGCGGGCCUCCUGCCCCACUCCCUCCUCCUCAGCCCCAAAACGGCCCCCACGGGGGACACCCAUGCCAAAGACCAGGCCUGGCGGAUCUCGGCCCCCUGCCAAGUGCCUCCUGGCCCUCGAGGGCUCCCGGCCUCAGCUGCCGAGCAGCAGGAUGACCAGGACAGCCUGGAGGAAGACUCGCCACCCAGGGCCCCGGGAUCUGGCCAGGGAUCGGCCCAGCACUCCGACAGCCACGGGGAGUCAUCAGCAGAACCAGAGGAGCAGGACCUGUCGGGAGCACGGGGCGCGCAGUGCCCAGCUCAGGCCUCAGCAGGUGGUGGCAGUGAGGAGACCGUCACCAAAGCCAAGCAGAGUCGCAGUGAGAAGAAGGCCCGAAAGGCGAUGUCCAAGCUGGGCCUGCGGCAAAUCCAAGGUGUCACUAGGAUCACCAUCCAGAAGUCCAAGAAUAUCCUCUUUGUCAUCGCCAAGCCCGAUGUCUUCAAGAGCCCAGCCUCGGACACCUACGUGGUCUUCGGGGAGGCCAAGAUCGAGGACCUGUCACAGCAAGUGCACAGGGCCGCCGCCGAGAAGUUCAAAGUGCCCACAGAGCCUUCCGCCCUGGUCCCCGAGUCCACGCCUGGGCCACUGGUGAGGCCCGAGUGUGAGGAAGAGGAAGAGGAAGAAGAGGAGGAGGAGGUGGACGAAGCUGGGCUGGAGCUCCGGGAUAUCGAGCUGGUGAUGGCACAGGCCAAUGUGUCAAGGGCCAGGGCCGUGCGGGCCCUGAGGGACAACCAGAGCGACAUCGUCAACGCCAUCAUGGAGCUCACCAUGUAGCCGCUGCUGCCUGCCCGCCAUGGCUCCGCCCCCCGCCCCCCAGCUGUGCUGCUCAAUAAAUGGGUGUCUCCUCA